AUGUGCGGCAUUUUCGCCUACGUUGGGGAUCGACAGGCUCUUCCUUGUCUUAUCAAGGCGCUUAAACGCUUGGAGUACAGAGGUUACGAUUCAGCAGGUGUGGGAAUCCAUAAUGGUAAGGAGCUGAAGAUCGCCAAGAAGGUCGGCAAGGUCGCUAACCUCGAGGCUUACUGUGGUGGUGUCAACAACCCGGAGUAUGCCGGUACCAUGGGUAUUGCUCAUACCCGUUGGGCUACUCACGGCGCUCCUACUGACGCCAACGCUCAUCCUCACUUUACUGAGGAUCACAAGGUUGCUGUGGUCCAUAAUGGUAUCAUCGAGAACUACGCCAGUCUUCGUGAGGAACUUAUCAGUAAAGGGUAUCAUUUCACCUCAGAGACUGAUACUGAGCUCCUCGCUCACUUGGUCGCUGAUAUUCGUAAGCAGAUGGGUCCCGAGCCCUCAUGGUCUGUGGUUGUUUCCUGCGCAUUGGCGAACGUCACUGGUACUUACGGUGUUGUCUUCACCUUCGAGGAUGAGCCUGAUCUAUUGAUCGGUGCUCGCAAGGGUUCUCCUCUUAUUUUGGGUGUUGGCGAUGGUGAGUACAUGCUUGCCUCCGAUGCCUCUGCGGUUGUCGAGUACACUAAGGAUGUUGUUUACAUUCGUGAUGGUGAGCUUGUUGAGGUUCGCAGAUCCGGAUACCGUGUGAGGAACAUGGCCGUGAUCAGCGAGCGUCGCAUGUCGGUUGAUGAGGAUAUCGACCACAACCCGUUGGUAGAAUUGGAGUUAUCUCUUGAGCAGAUCGAGAAAGGCGGUUAUCCUCACUUCAUGCUCAAGGAGAUCAUGGAUCAAGCUAAGUGCCUGGAGAACUCUUGUCGCGGUCGACUUUAUCGGUUGAGUGAGGCAACUGGUAUACCAGCGGAUUCCAUUUCUAAGAAGUGGGGCAUCCGUUUGGGUGGUCUAGAUGUUACUAUAGAUGGGAAGGAUCGCACGGCGUUGGAGACCAUCGCUAGUGCCAGUCGCAUCAUCAUCUGUGCCUGUGGUACUUCGUGGCACUCCGGCCUCAUUGGAGAGUACCUUAUCGAACAGCUGGCUCGUAUUAACGUUGAAGUUGAGUAUGCUUCUGAGUUCCGCUAUCGCAACCCUCUUCUUACUCCCAAAGACGUCGUUAUUGUGAUCUCACAGUCUGGUGAAACUGCUGAUACCCUCGAGGCCGUCCGUAUUGCCCGUGAGUAUGGUGCGACACCUAUUGGUAUCGUCAAUACUGUUGGGUCGACUAUUGCUCGUGAUACUGAUGCUGGUAUAUAUCUCCAUGCUGGUCCUGAGAUCGGUGUCGCCUCCACCAAGGCCUUCACUUCGCAAGUUAUGGUCUUGACCCUCUUGGCUCUGCGUUUAGCUAUGUGCCGGAAGACGAUUGAUGCUGAGUAUUUUGAUACUCUAUGCGAUCAGCUAUCUGAGUUCCCUAAGACCAUCGAGAAGGUUCUGAAGCUCAAUGGCAAGGUCAAGGACCUCUCUAGGUUCUUCCGUUUGGCUCAGAACUUCCUCUUCUUAGGCCGUGGUAUCCACUAUCCCGUCGCCUUGGAAGGUGCUCUAAAGUUGAAGGAGAUAUCUUACAUUCAUGCUGAGGGGUAUCCUGCUGCUGAGAUGAAACAUGGUCCCAUCGCUUUGAUUGAUCGUUUAAUGCCUGUUGUCUGCAUCGCUCCUAAGAGUGAUCCGACGUAUGAUAAGGUUAAGGCGAACAUCGAGGAAGUAAAAGCUCGUAAUGGUGAUCUCGUCAUUCUUACCGAGGAGGGAAACUAUGACUUGGACAAGUUUGCUGGCGACAAGGACUUCAUCAUCCGCAUGCCGAUUGUUGAUAUUGUGUUGCAGCCUAUUGUUUUCACCAUACCGUUGCAAAUGCUUUCUUAUUAUGUUGCCGAUCUUCGUGGAUGUUCUAUUGACCAACCCAAGAAUCUUGCUAAGUCUGUUACUGUCGAAUAA